AUAAAACAAGUCACUGGCUGAGUUUGCAUUUGGACUGAAAAGCAUCUCACUAUUCUCCUUCGUUAUAUUUUGUUGCCAAAUCCUCUCUCAAAGCUCCAACUGCGAAGUGAAGCUAGGGGCAGAAGAAGAGCUAUCCUAUCCUUAAGAGCAAGGGGCUGCUAAUACUCGAGAAAGGUUCUUAAUUAAUUCCCAAUUCGGGAAUUCAAAGAUAACAAAAGAUGAAUGACCUCAUGACCAAAUCGUUCACCAACUAUGUGGAUUUAAAGAAAGCAGCCAUGAAAGAUGCGGAUCUGGAAGCUGGAAAUUUAGAAAUGGCAUCUUCCAAAGCCCACAUGGACAGUGACCUUGGUCUCUUUCUAGAAGAGGCUGAGAAGGUGAAGAUGGAGAUGUCCGAGCUUCGCGACAUUCUGAGUAGCCUACAGCAAGCCAACGAGGAAUUCAAGUCCCUCCACAAGCCCGAGGCCUUGAAAUCCUUGCGAAGCAAGAUCAAUGACAACAUUCUCACCGUGCUCAAAAAGGCCAGGACUAUUCGGUCUCAGCUGGAACAAAUGGACCGUGCCAACGCGGCUAAUAAGAGGCUCUCUGGCCAAAAAGAAGGCACCCCAAUUUACAGGACAAGGAUUGCUGUCACUAAUGGGCUGCGAAAGAAGCUCAAAGAGCUUAUGAUGGACUUCCAGGGGCUGAGGCAGAGAAUGAUGACAGAGUACAAGGAAACCGUGGGUAGACGCUACUUCACAGUAACGGGAGAGAACCCUGAUGAGGAGGUCAUAGAUAAGAUAAUCUCCAAUGGCGGCGAGGAGUUUCUAGGACGGGCAGUACAAGAGCACGGAAGGGGGAAAGUGCUAGAGACGGUGGUGGAGAUACAGGACAGGCACGAUGCCGCGAAGGAGAUCGAGAAGAGUCUGCUUGAGCUGCAUCAAGUGUUUCUUGAUAUGGCUGUAAUGGUGGAGGCACAAGGAGAGCAAAUGGACAACAUUGAGCAGCAUGUAUUGAAUGCUUCUCACUAUGUCAAGGAUGCCACCAAAGAUCUCCAGACUGCAAACAAGUACAAGAGAAACAGCAGGAAGUGGAUGUGUGUGGCAGUGAUACUUCUACUUGUGAUCAUUCUUGUUGUGGUCAUCCCCAUUGUCACUAGUUUUGCCAAUUCUUGAAAUUGUCUUAUUUUCUUCAAUCUUUUGGGGGGGACGGGUACUGUAAUGUAUGAUUGAAUUUCGUUCACUCAACUGAUUAGGUUGAGGUGAUUUUAAUUUGAAUGAAAUAUAUUAUUAAUUUUAUUUAA